UCUUGAAAACGAAUAGCCUGGCUUUACCUGCAUCUACUCGCGUUAGCGGGCGGUCUGUGCCCUUUCUCAGGUCGGGUGUGACCAACAAAUCCACACCAAGGGGGAGGAGAGAGUAUUCGAUACAGAUAAAGCCCAAUGCCAGGAUUCUCAACUACCCAAAUCCUUCGUUCCCAGGAGAGUUCACAAAAUGCCACUACGCGUCGGGAAUUGUUCAAUUUUUAUGUCUAUUACUACCACUUGUUCGCGUUUGCAUGGCCGAUCACUCUCCACUAUAACUAGGAGAGGACAAAGCUUUAAAACAAACCUCUCAGAUUGUGAUUUAGAGGACCUCUAUGCCUACUCGGCUCAGCGAUGGAUCUGGAACGAAGCACAGCAGCUACGAAGCAGAUACGUCUCAUUUGACCUAAAUGCUCUCAUUCGAAUCGCAGAGAAAGCCGCCGGAAACAAUGCGGUUUGCAUCAACGUCUCGAAGCUACCGGAAGGAAACUUCAACAAGGCGUUCCUUGUGACCAUGCAGGACGGGCUGGAGUUAGUCGUUAAGAUCCCAAAUCCGAACGCCGGACCGAGUCAUUAUACAACGGCGUCAGAAGUGGCGACGAUGCAAUAUGCGAGGGCAGAUCUUCAACUUCCUGUCCCUAGAGUUCUCGCCUACUGUUCCCGGGCUGGGGAGAGUGAGCUAGGUUCAGAGUAUAUCGUCAUGGAGAAGGCUCCAGGUAUCGAGCUUAGCCACGUGUGGGAAAGUCUGAAGCCGCGUGACAAACUGUCCAUCGUGAAGCAAAUCGGUUCCAUCGCUUCCACACUCUCUAAAGCAAGGUUUCCAUUCCACGGUUCAUUAUACCUUCGCGAGGACAUCUCAGAGUCUGAAAGCAUCGCAGUGGACGACACCUUCGCAAUCGGUCCGACAACAGGAAGAUCUUGGUUUGACGAUAGAAGAAGCGAGGUUGAUGUUGAAAGAGGCCCCUGGACGAGCACGAGCUCCAUUAUAAAUGCGUUGGCGAGGCGAGAGCUAGCCUGUGUGAACGAACUCUCGGAUUUUUCUCGAGCCUAUCAACAAGGUAUCUUCAGCGGACCUGGUGGUUAUCAUCCCACAAAAGAAGCAAAGCUGUCUGUUUUACAAGACUUUCUCACGGUAUACCUAUAUCUCCUCCCAAAGGAUGAUGGACUCAAUGCAGGAAUCAUCUGGCACAACGAUCUACACACGGACAAUGUCUUCGUCGACGAAGAUAGUCCUACCAAAAUAACUAGCAUCAUCGACUGGCAAGCCGUCCCUAUCUACCCGGUGUUUCUCAUCGCCCAUCAUCCUUCUCUUAUAGACUACGACGGUCCAAAGCCAGAACGGUUCGUUCAGCCCAGACUUCCGGAGAACAUCGAAAAGUUUGAUCCGCAAGACAAAAAAGCUGCGGGGGAGCUGUUUCUCGCACAGACCCUCUGGCUUUACUACGAGACGCAAGUCUACAAGGAAGCCCCGGAAUUAGUCCAUGCGUUUAAAUAUCGUGAAACCUUGCAAUUCGAGCUAUUAAGCCUAGUGGGGGCAAUAUUCGACGACGGAGAGCCACAUGUCCAAAAGCUUCUCGCGACUGUUGCGAGAGAUGAGGUCUGGAGACAGGUCGUUGGCGAGGAUGAUCACGGUAAUCCCAGUGUCCCGUGCCCGCUGAACUACACAGGACGGGACUUAACGCGCCAGGGCGAGGAGUACGCCAAAUGGGAGAAAGACCUCGAGAGAAAAGCGCGAGUGAUUGAUGAAGUAGGAGUGUAUACUGGUUGGAAUGGAGCCGUGUCUCCUGGCGACUAUGAUGAGGUUGUUAGGAGACUCAGUCUUUCCAAACAGAGGUUUUUAGACCGGGAAUCGAGAACUCCCGAGGAACGGAGGUUGUGGGAGAAAGCGUGGCCUUUCGAAGAUAAAUAAAUCCAAGGAAGAGGCACUCUGCCAUACCCUGUCGUCAGGCACACUGGCGUGAUGCAACAUACCGACCAAGGUUUCC